GACCGGCACCGCUCCACGGCAGCCGCAGCCGCAGCAGCAGCGCCACUCCUGUCUCCACCGGGACUGCCUGUCCUCAGAGGCAGUGACCACAGCAAUAACCCGUCGCACACAAAGACCGACGACCUGCAGACAAUAUGGUGAACUUCACGGUAGAUCAGAUCCGUGCCAUCAUGGACAAAAAGUCCAACAUCAGAAACAUGUCUGUGAUCGCCCACGUGGAUCAUGGGAAGUCCACGCUGACCGACUCGCUGGUGUCCAAGGCCGGGAUCAUUGCUUCGUCCCGUGCCGGAGAGACUCGCUUCACAGACACGCGCAAAGACGAGCAGGAGCGCUGUAUCACCAUCAAAUCAACGGCCAUCUCCAUGUAUUAUGAGCUUGGAGAGAACGACUUGGCGUUUAUCAAGCAGAGCAAAGACGGAAACGGCUUCCUUAUCAACUUGAUCGAUUCCCCGGGUCACGUUGAUUUCUCCUCUGAGGUCACUGCCGCCCUUAGAGUAACUGAUGGAGCCCUGGUGGUGGUGGACUGUGUCUCAGGUGUGUGUGUGCAAACUGAGACUGUACUGCGGCAGGCCAUCGCUGAGCGUAUAAAGCCAGUUCUCAUGAUGAACAAGAUGGACCGGGCCCUGCUUGAGCUGCAGCUGGAGCCAGAUGAGCUCUACCAGACCUUUCAGCGCAUUGUGGAGAAUGUUAACGUCAUUAUCUCCACCUAUGGAGAAGAUGAGGGAGGGCCAAUGGGGAACAUCAUGAUUGACCCUGUGGUUGGUACAGUUGGCUUUGGCUCUGGCCUUCAUGGAUGGGCUUUCACCUUGAAGCAGUUUGCUGAGAUGUAUGUGGCUAAGUUUGCUGCUAAAGGAGUUGCGCAGUUGGGACCAGCAGAUAGGUGUAAGAAAGUGGAGGACAUGAUGAAGAAACUGUGGGGAGACAGAUAUUUUGAUCCAAGCGCCGGCAAAUUCAGUAAGACCGCCAUUGGCCCUGAUGGUCAGAAAUUACCUCGAACUUUUUGCCAGCUUGUUUUGGAUCCCAUCUUUAAGGUGUUUGAUGCCAUCAUGAAUUUCAAAAAAGAAGAGACAGCCAAACUUAUUGAAAAACUGGAUGUCAAACUUGACACAGAGGACAAAGAGAAGGAGGGGAAGCCCCUGCUGAAGGCUGUAAUGCGUCGCUGGCUUCCUGCUGGAGAGGCCUUGCUCCAGAUGAUUACCAUCCACCUGCCCUCCCCUGUCACUGCGCAGAAAUACCGCUGUGAGCUUCUCUAUGAGGGGCCCGGAGACGAUGAGGCUGCCAUGGGUAUUAAGAACUGUGAUCCUAAGGCCCCCCUGAUGAUGUAUAUUUCCAAGAUGGUCCCGACCAGCGACAAGGGUCGUUUCUAUGCCUUUGGCCGUGUGUUUUCUGGCUGUGUGUCCACAGGGCUGAAGGUGCGCAUCAUGGGGCCAAACUUCACCCCUGGCAAGAAGGAAGACCUCUACAUCAAACCCAUCCAGAGGACUAUUCUGAUGAUGGGCCGCUAUGUGGAGCCUAUUGAAGAUGUUCCCUGUGGCAACAUAGUGGGUCUCGUUGGAGUAGACCAGUUCCUGGUUAAGACUGGAACUAUUACCACCUAUGAACAGGCCCACAACAUGAGGGUGAUGAAGUUUAGCGUGAGCCCUGUGGUCCGAGUUGCUGUGGAGGCCAAAAAUCCUGCAGAUUUGCCCAAGCUAGUGGAGGGCUUGAAGCGCCUGGCCAAGUCAGAUCCCAUGGUGCAAUGCAUCAUCGAAGAGUCCGGGGAGCACAUCAUUGCAGGAGCGGGAGAGCUGCACCUGGAGAUCUGCCUGAAGGACUUGGAGGAGGACCACGCCUGCAUUCCACUGAAGAAAUCCGACCCAGUGGUGUCUUACAGAGAGACAGUGACAGAAGAAUCAGACCAGAUGUGUCUGUCGAAGUCCCCCAACAAGCACAAUCGUCUCUUCAUGAAAUCCCGUCCAUUCCCCGACGGCCUGGCUGAAGAUAUCGAGAAAGGGGAGGUCACUGCUCGGCAGGAGCUCAAAGCCCGUGCACGUUACCUCGCUGACAAGUAUGAGUGGGAAGUGACAGAAGCCAGGAAGAUCUGGUGCUUUGGUCCAGAUGGAACUGGGCCCAACCUGCUGAUAGACAUGACAAAGGGGGUUCAGUACCUCAAUGAGAUCAAGGACAGCGUAGUGGCCGGUUUCCAGUGGGCAACUAAGGAGGGUGCACUGUGUGAGGAGAACAUGCGCGCAAUUCGCUUUGACAUUCAUGAUGUGACACUGCAUGCAGACGCCAUUCACCGCGGGGGAGGACAGAUUAUUCCCACAGCUCGCAGAGUCCUGUAUGCCUGCCAGCUCACUGCUCAGCCUCGACUCAUGGAGCCGGUGUAUCUUGUGGAGAUACAGUGCCCGGAGCAGGUUGUCGGUGGGAUCUAUGGCGUUCUGAACAGGAAACGAGGUCACGUCUUUGAGGAAUCCCAAGUGAUGGGCACUCCCAUGUUUGUGGUGAAAGCCUACCUGCCAGUCAAUGAAUCCUUCGGGUUCACAGCUGACCUGCGCAGUAACACUGGAGGCCAAGCCUUCCCUCAAUGUGUAUUCGAUCACUGGCAGAUUCUCCAGGGAGACCCCAGCGAUCUUGCCAGCAGACCCUUCCAAGUUAUCGCUGAAAUUAGGAAACGCAAAGGUCUGAAAGAGGGCAUACCUGCCCUCGACAACUAUUUGGACAAAUUGUAACCACACACCCCGGAUUAGAAAAUACCAAAUCAUUCUCUAAACCCUACCCCGUGGGCACUUUCAAAUCUUUGCACAGGCUUAAAGAUACAUUGCUCCAAUUGUUUCAUCUUUGAGCGCGGAGCAGAAGCAAAGCUUAAGCUUUCGUUGUAGGCUAGUGGAAGCAGCAGUGCUUUUUUUUCCAUUUCACAGCUACCGUACACCAAGUGCCUAGGGCAAGGGUUUGGGGGAGUAAUUGGAUCAAAGCAGCUGUAUUAUCAAUUCCUUGUUUCUUCUAUUCCUUCACAUCGUCCCCCUUUUCCUUCUACGUAUCUGCCAGGAUGGGCGUGUACAGUGCACUGUGAUGCUGCUGCAAUAAUGCAUAUUUAAAUGGAUCAUGGCCAGAUUAAACCAUGGAAAUCACAAUAAAAGUGUUAUAGAAGUCAAACUCGCUGGAAUGGGCGUUUGUUCAGUGGAUGUAAUGAAUAAAAACAACUCAUGAUGAAAA